AUGGCUGUCCUCGCAAAUUGGAUAAGAGGCGUGAUGGAGGGAUACAAGUUCAGGCGAGCCGCAAACAUGACUUUACUCCCUGGGGCCUGUAGGUGUAUAAUGAAGGCGUGGCCUCCGAAUGAGGACGCGAUGGGGUUAGCGAGUUCCCCGCCUAAAAUAAUGUGCAGUCUUAUCGCAAACAUGGGCGAUGCGAGGCAAAGCCACCGAUACCUUCUCAGCGUAUUUGCAGCGCUCGAGGGUGCAUCGUACGCUAUAUGCAUACGUCACAAGCGAGCAGAUUUGAACACCCCAUCGUUCGCCCCCGCGAUCCUGACGGACUCGUCAAGUACACAUCGGCGUGGGGAUGCCGCCAAAAGAAACUUGAGCGUGGAAUGCACCCUUGCGGGAGGUGAAUGCAUUGAGAGUAAGAAACCCCACUUUGAAACGUCGCUAUUCAACAGCGCCGAUGUCAACGAAGCGGUGCAUGUCAGGGGUGUGCCAAGAAGCAAUCCGUGCAUUCUAUCCGACACGACCCGAUACGAUGGAAGCAGACUGCACAACCUGCGCGAAGGCGUUAAGUUUGCGACGACGACAGAGUUAGCGCCGGAACAGAAAGGACGCGAGUCGCCUCCUGAUAAUCAGUAGCUCAAGCGAUAUACCUAUCAGCCUGAAUAGACCCUUCUGACCUCCCCGUGAUAGCCUGUUUUACCUUUAAGAUCAGAAUCGGAGUUUACCAGGAGAGCUCCCGACGGUGCCACGAGAAAUUCCGGAAAGUUUGUAUUCUCGCCCAUCUUGACUUGUUGUCCAGUGGAGGAGGAGGAGUGUACCCGUUUGGAUCUGCCUGCACUGGAGGCCGUGGUAGCGGAUUGGCCAAAAACUAUUGAGGGGCAAUACCACUAGUACUGCAGGAGU